GCAUUAUUUAUUUUACAGCUAAUGUCCUGUCACCGUCAUUCACACGGCGUCCCUCCAAUUCCUACAAACGAGUCGCAAUCUAUCAAUUCCCAUGUGCUUACGACCCAGCUGGUGGCUUUGAAUGUUGCCAACCCGUCUUCUGACUUGGAGAAGCUGUUCAAGACGCAAACCAACAAGUACGAAGUUAUACCUGAAAUCAGAUCAGAUGCCGAUAACCAAUUCAUACUCAGAAUCCCCUUUCAAGGAUCAGUGAAGCUCUACUCGAUCAUACUUCGGACAGCCCGCCAACCGGACCACUGUCCCCGCAACAUCAAGCUAUACAAGAACCAGGACAGCUUAGACUUUGAUUCCGUGGCCGACACAAAGGCUACGCACGAGAUCGAACAACCACAAAUUGGCCUUGAACUUGACGGAGAGCUGCCACGAGAAAUUGUCGCGGACGACACUUUUGUGGAACAUUAUCUCCCUCGCCACCACUUUAGCGGAGUCUCCUCUCUCACACUUUUUUUCCAGAACAAUUGGAGCCAGAACGACGACGAGGUGCUCAAACUUUACUCCAUAGAACUACGUGGAGAAUUCACUCCGUUGACAAAAGACCCAGUGGUGACAAUAUACGAGUCUGCUGCGAAUCCAGCAGACCACAAAAACCUCCUUGCUCACGAGAACCACAACUACCAAAAUAUUUAGUAUUUUUUUUUUUAGCUACGCGAAAUUAUAGCAUUUAAUUGAUGACUGCCCCAUUCCCAGACAUUGAUCCGUACGCAGAAUUGGGGUGCAAUCCGCAGGACGCGCCGCCGCUGAUCAAGAAGGCCUACUAUAAACUGUGUCUCAAGUAUCAUCCUGACAAAUUAUCGGAGCAUGAUCAGAAGAAGUAUAAAACCAAGUUUGAGAAGAUACAGUUUAGCUAUCAGGUGCUGGGUGAUCCCAAAAGACGCGAACGUUACGACAAAACAGGAAACUUAGAUGAGAGCGUAGCCGAUGAUGACGAUUUUGAUUGGUAUGCAUUCUUCCAGGAGAUGAGAGAGUCGGAUGUGAAAGUCACUGCUGAGCUGAUCGAAAAGGAUAAGAAAAGCUAUCAGGGCUCGGAGGAAGAAUACCAAGACGUGUUGGAAACGAUGAUCUACUACGAGGGAGAGUUUUUACGUCUUUUUGAGACAAUUCCUCACUUGGAAUUCUCGACAGGGGAAGAAGACCGCAUGUUCAAACUGGUGCAACAGAUGGUUGUAGAUGGUAAGCUGAAAAAGUACAAGAACUGGACGACGUAUGUCAAAAACCGAAGCUCGGAAAUGAAGAAGAUGUUCCGUCAGCUGAAGAAGGAGAGCAAAGAGGCGGAGGAGGCUCUGAAGGAAAUUAACGAGAAAAAUCAGCUCAAACUGGACGGAUCAGAAGAUUCCUUGCGGCAGCUGAUCCAGUCUAAAAAAUCGCAUACUUUCGACAAUCUCAUCGCCAAAUACAGCAAACAAAGUCAAAAACAAUCCAAAAGGUCCAAGCAAUCUGAGUACGAUCUAGAUGAUGAGGAGUUUUCAAGAAUUCAGAAAAAGAUGAAAAAUCAGCGACACAGUUGAAACUAUUGUAAAGCUUGACUUCCAAGCGCGAUGGUAUUUUUUUUCUGUGCGGCCAGAAAUUUUGUAGCAGAAUCGGC